AUGGCCAUCCACAUCAAGGACGUAGAUGACCUGAAGAACAGGCUCGCCGAGGCCGGUGAGAAGCUGGUGGUCAUCGACUUCAUGGCCAACUGGUGCGGUCCCUGCAAGAUGAUCGGGCCAAAGCUAGAGGAGCUCGCCAAUGAGAUGGCCGAUUCUCUCGUUGUACUUAAGGUGGACGUAGACGAGUGCGAAGACCUAGCGACCGAGUACAACGUCAGCGCAAUGCCUACAUUCAUAUUUGUGAAGAAUUCCACGAAAUUGGAGGAGUUCUCUGGAGCUAACUACGACAAGCUCAAGAACACUAUACUGAAACUGAAG